AUGACAAAAAAACGUCGAUCCAAUGGAUUUAUGUAUUUUGCCGAAGCGAUGCGAGUUAUUUAUGAGGCAGAAAAUGGUAGUAACUGCUCAAAUCAAAUGAGCACAAAACGAUUAAUGGAGAGGGCGAAUAAAGACUGGAAACAGAUGAGUGACGAGCAACGUGAAAGAUGGAUUGCUGAAAGUCGACGUAGAAAAGAGGAGGUUCUGUUACUUCUAAAUCAUUGCAGAAAUUCUCUUCACUAUUUACAACUCACAAUUUACCAAAAACAAGCGUACAAACUGCAGUCAAUAUCCGUAACCACCAAAAAGAAGCAACGUCCCGUAUCGAAUCUCGAGAAAUCGUUGCUACCAAAACCGAUUGUUUUUUGUCUGAGUGAAACACAACGAAAAGCACUUCGCCAAAGUGUUUAUCAGAAACUGAUAUGGCGAGAAAAUGAGGAUUUGAAACAGACAUUGGGUAAGAAGAAAUUCGGUUUGUUAACGGUCCGCGCAUAUCGCAGUUUCGAUGAAACGCAAACCGACGAUGACAUCGGAUGUCCUCCGGCAGAGAUGUGCUUAAAUGUGAUCAGUUUGGAGGAUGGUGCU